AUGACCGUCUCCGAGACAAAAGACCUGCGCGGUCUCAACCUCAUCGCGGCGCACUCCCACAUCCGCGGUUUGGGCGUCGAUGCCGACACGUUAGAACCUCGCUCGAACUCGCAAGGUCUUGUCGGUCAAGAAAAGGCUCGAAAGGCAGCUGCCGUAAUUCUUGAGAUGAUCAAGGUCGGAAAGAUUGCAGGCAGAGCAGUAUUGAUUGCCGGGCCGCCUAGCACAGGAAAGACCGCCAUUGCCAUGGGCAUGGCCCAAUCGCUUGGACCCGACGUUCCCUUUACUUCGCUCGCAUCGUCCGAGAUCUUCUCCCUCGAAAUGUCCAAGACCGAGGCCCUGACACAGGCAUUUCGCAAGUCGAUCGGCGUGCGAAUCAAGGAGGAGUCGGAAAUCAUGGAGGGCGAGGUUGUCGAGAUCCAGAUCGACCGCAGCGUCACGGGCGGUGCCAAGCAAGGCAAGCUUACCAUCAAGACCACUGACAUGGAGGCCGUGUACGACAUGGGCGCCAAGAUGAUUGACGCCAUGACCAAGGAGCGCGUCAUGGCCGGUGACAUUAUCAGCAUCGACAAGAGCAGCGGCAAGAUCACCAAGCUUGGCCGCAGCUACGCCCGCAGCAGAGACUAUGACGCCAUGGGCGCCGACACCAAAUUCCUGCAGUGCCCGGAUGGCGAGCUGCAGAAGCGUAAGGAGGUGGUGCACACAGUCACGCUACACGAGAUCGAUGUCAUCAACUCCCGGACACAAGGCUUCCUUGCCCUCUUCAGCGGCGACACUGGCGAGAUCCGCAGCGAGAUUCGAGACCAGAUCGACACCAAGGUCGCCGAGUGGAAGGAGGAGGGUAAGGCAGAGAUUGUUCCCGGAGUCCUCUUUAUUGAUGAGGUACACAUGCUCGAUAUUGAGUGCUUUAGCUACGUCAACCGUGCACUCGAGGUUGACCUGGCUCCCAUUGUCAUCAUGGCCAGCAACAGAGGCAACACCAAGAUCCGCGGCACCGAUUACCGCAGCCCGCACGGCCUGCCCCUCGACUUCCUCGACCGAGUUGUCAUUAUUCAGACCAUGGCCUAUGGCUCUGAAGACAUCAGCAAGAUCCUGUCCAUCCGUGCACAAGAAGAGGAGGUUGAGGCCACGCCCGAUGCUCUGGCACUGUUGACCAAGAUUGGCCAGGAAGCUGGCUUGCGGUAUGCUAGCAACCUGAUUACCACCUCGCAGCUCGUGGCAAAGAAGCGAAAGGCAGCAAAGGUCGACGUGGCCGAUGUGCAACGCAGUUUCUCACUGUUUUACGACCCUAACAGAAGCGUCAGUUUCGUCACGGCCUCGGAGAAGAGGCUGAUUGGCAACGACGGAGUGGUGGACUUUACGGUUACAAACGGACAUGGUGAGGCAAUGGACACCACCACCUAA